AUGUUAACUCGACAAGGUGCAGCACAACUUAUCGCAUCCGAAUUUGCUCGAUUAUCUAAUAUUGAUAUUAAUUAUCCUGAUCGUUCGAACGUACAUCCUGUAAUUUAUCGUCUAGCAGAAUUAAUAAUGGCAGAAAAAACAAUUGCAACACUUUUAAGCAAAACUUUAGAACAAACACCUAAAUAUGCGGGUAAACACGAUCAAAAUGCUGAUGAAUGGCUAAACGAUCUUAUUGCAACAUGUCGUAUGGCUGAUAUAACUGAAGCACAUGCAUUAAAAAUAAUACCCACAUUUUUGGAAGGACAUGCUAAACAAUGGUAUUCGGACAACAAGGAAACAUUUGAAUCUUGGACUGUAUUUAAAACUGAAUUUAUUCGAACCUAUUCUUCACCAACAACAAAACAAUUAGCGUCAAAUCGUUUACGAACUCGUUUACAACACUACGAUGAACCUGUUAUUGAAUAUUAUACUGAUAUUAUGAAAUUAUGCAAGUUAGUUGAUCCUAGU